AAAAACCAAAAAAAUAAAGCUAGAGAGAGUGGGGGAGAGAGAAAAAGAGCGACGUUCGGUGUAUUCUCACACAGAUUCAUCAGAUUCCCACAAUCGAACCCCUCCACCACCGCUUUUCCUCUCUCCAAAACAUAAACCCUUCCCUUCUCUCUCUCUCUCUCUCUCUCUCUCUCUCUAUAACGCCGCUCUCAUCAUCUGAUACCCCUUUGUCUGUUGUUACCCACAGAAAAAGCAACCUCCAUUGCACCAAUCUCUUCAACCUUAUCUUCAACAACAAAAAGAAAAAGAAAAACCCAUCUGCCGUCUCGAUGUAUCUAUCCCGAUGAAUCUCCAUUACUCCAUCAGGCCUUGGGCAUUCAGAUCUGAAGCUGUGAAGUAUGGUGACGGUCCAUGAGGUCAUUUUUCACUUUUGACCUUCUGGGUUCUCUUAUUUACUGAAGAUCUGGGUUUUUUUUACUGCCUUUUCGCUUGCUAUCUAUCCACAUCUUGAGUUUUCAUCUAUCUAUCUGCUCUGUUCUGCUAAAUUUCCGAAGAUUUUGGAGGGUUUUGUUUGAUUUUUGAGUUAUUUACGGCUGGGUAAAAAUCUAACUCCGGUCCCUCAGGGUUUUUGGGUAAUUUUUGCUAGUUGGUUAAACUGCUACUUGGUUCCUGUGAAUUGGGUCGGUCCUGUUUGAAACCCACAAAAUGCAGAGACCUCCAAUGGAAGAUUUUACCCUAAAGGAGACCAAACCCCACCUUGGUGGUGGGAAGGUCACCGGCGAUAAGCUCACGAGCACCUAUGACCUAGUGGAGCAGAUGCAAUACCUCUAUGUUCGUGUUGUGAAAGCAAAGGAUUUACCUGCAAAAGACGUUACGGGUAGUUGUGACCCUUAUGCUGAGGUUAAACUUGGGAACUAUAAGGGUACAACUCGUCAUUUCGAGAAGAAAACAAAUCCCGAAUGGAACCAGGUGUUUGCUUUUUCAAAGGAUCGGCUUCAAGCUUCGAUGCUUGAGGUUACUGUCAAGGAUAAGGAUGUUGUGAAGGAUGAUUUCAUAGGUCGGGUUUGGUUCGAUCUCAAUGAGGUCCCGAAACGUGUCCCGCCGGAUAGUCCCCUGGCACCGCAGUGGUAUAGGUUGGAAGAUAGACAUGGGAAUAAGGUUAAAGGAGAGCUCAUGUUGGCCGUUUGGAUGGGUACUCAAGCCGAUGAAGCCUUCCCUGAAGCUUGGCAUUCGGAUGCUGCAGCAGUUAGUGGUGCUGAUGGUCUUGCAAAUAUUCGGUCAAAGGUGUAUCUAUCGCCUAAGUUAUGGUACUUAAGGGUUAAUGUGAUUGAAGCUCAGGACUUGAUGCCCGGGGAUAAAACCAGGUUCCCGGAAGUCUUUGUAAAGGCUAUUUUGGGGAAUCAGGUUUUGAGAACUAGAAUUUCUAUGAGCAAGAGUAUUAAUCCGAUGUGGAAUGAGGAUUUGAUGUUUGUUGCUGCAGAACCGUUUGAAGAGCCCUUGAUUUUGAGUGUGGAAGAUAGAGUUGCGCCCAACAAGGAAGAAGUUCUGGGGAGGUGUGGGAUUCCUUUACAGUAUGUGGACAGGAGGUUAGAUCACAAACCUAUUAACUCUAGGUGGUAUAAUCUUGAGAAGCAUAUUAUUGUUGAUGGGGAAAAGAAGAAAGAAAUUAAGUUUGCCAGCAGGCUUCAUAUGAGGGUCUGUUUGGAAGGUGGGUAUCAUGUCCUUGAUGAGUCAACUCACUACAGCAGUGAUCUCAGACCUACAGCCAAACAGUUGUGGAAAUCCAGCAUUGGGGUUUUGGAACUGGGGAUUCUCAGUGCUCAGGGGCUGUCACCUAUGAAAACUAAAGACGGACGGGCGACAACUGAUGCUUAUUGUGUGGCCAAAUACGGGCAGAAGUGGGUCCGGACAAGGACAAUUAUUGAUAGCUUUACUCCCAAAUGGAAUGAACAAUACACUUGGGAGGUUUUCGAUCCAUGCACUGUCAUCACGAUUGGGGUAUAUGACAACUGUCACUUGCAUGGUGGUGGUGAUAAGAACGGAGGAGCGAAGGAUUCAAGGAUUGGGAAGGUCAGAAUCCGUCUUUCUACGCUUGAAACUGAUCGGGUUUACACUCACUCGUAUCCUCUUUUGGUCUUGGGUCCAAAUGGAGUGAAGAAGAUGGGCGAAAUCCAUUUGGCUGUGAGGUUUACUUGCUCUUCUCUGCUCAAUAUGAUGCAUAUGUACUCUCAACCACUUUUACCAAAAAUGCACUACAUUCAUCCACUUACUGUGACUCAGCUUGAUAGCUUGAGGCACCAGGCCACUCAGAUUGUGUCCAUGAGGCUGAGUCGUGCGGAGCCACCGUUGAGAAAAGAGGUGGUGGAGUACAUGCUGGAUGUUGGGUCCCACAUGUGGAGCAUGAGGAGAAGCAAGGCCAAUUUUUUCCGAAUCAUGGGAGUUCUCAGUGGUUUGAUUGCCGUGGGAAAAUGGUUUGAUCAGAUAUGCAACUGGAAAAACCCCAUCACCACAGUUCUGAUCCACAUCCUGUUCUUGAUCCUGGUUUUGUAUCCAGAGCUGAUCCUACCCACCAUUUUCCUCUACCUCUUCUUGAUUGGAGUGUGGUAUUACAGAUGGAGGCCACGCCAUCCCCCGCACAUGGACACUCGUCUCUCUUGUGCUGACAAUGUUCAUCCUGAUGAGCUGGACGAAGAAUUCGAUACGUUUCCAACUUCCCGCCCGAACGAUACAGUGCGUAUGAGGUAUGAUCGUCUGAGGAGCAUUGCUGGGAGGAUUCAGACUGUGGUGGGCGAUCUCGCGACACAAGGGGAGAGGCUGCAGUCGUUGCUGAGCUGGCGGGACCCAAGGGCUACUGCUCUGUUUGUUAUUUUCUGCUUGGUUGCAGCGAUAGUUCUGUAUGUUACGCCGUUCCAAGUUGUGGCGCUUCUAGCAGGUUUUUAUGUGCUGAGACACCCCAGGUUCCGUCAUAAGCUUCCUUCUGUGCCGCUCAAUUUCUUCAGGAGGCUGCCUGCAAGAACUGAUUGCAUGUUGUGAGCAAAAGCAAGUUUUUGCUUCCGAAUGGUCUCACAUAUGGGUUUCUCCUCCUCUUUCCAAUUGGAGAAGACGACGCAGAGACCAAUGGAGAUUGCUUGCUUCCUUUCACCUACCGGUGAAUGCUGGGUCCUGGUAUGAUUUGUAGUAUGGUCGUCCAUUUCGCUAGUAGUUCCUGUGAUUUUUAUUCGCAUUUCUAUGUCAUCUGUAGGGUUUCUGUUUUGAUGUUGACUGGGGUUAUCCCAUGAAUGUUGUUUCGUAAUUUUGUAGGUUGUGAUUUACAUUUGUUUGUGGUGGACAAUUUUAAAUGCUUAUGUUAUUCUUGGUUUGGUUGCUUUGA